GCUGAACAUUGCCGACUGUGAGUGGCUCUCGGUCGUCGGUUCGUGUGUUGCUAUUCGCACUCGAGUGAUUCCAGGCAAAAUGAAUAGAUUAGCUCUCUGCAAGACUUUGACGCGCCAGCUGAGCACCAACACUCGUGCUCAGGCCCAGAAGAAGUUGGAGCUGCAUCCUGUCUACCUCAAAGUCAGGCAGAAUUAUGCCAAAUAUCAGGUGAAUGAUGGCGUGCCUGUUCAUCUUAAAGGAGGCUAUAAGGAUUAUUUCCUUUAUGGCUUAACCAUCACCAUGAACAUCGUCGGUCUCGCCAUGGUGGGAGAAUUCUUCUACAGACAAGCCUACAAAUGAAGAUUUAUGGAGUCAGUCUUAACAUGUCUCUUAUUAUUAGCAUCCCAUAAUUUAAUAGGGGUAUUGUUACUUCACACAUAAUCCAAAUGUCAGAUUAUUUCAGAAUCAGAAUUUUUCAAAGCAUUACCGACCAAUGCGGUAAGCUUCAUUCCUAAUGCGCUGUACAUAACCAAGUCUUGGUGAAGAGUAAAUUAUUACCUAGUGUGUA